AGGCAGCGACCCUCUGAGCUGAACUCCAUGGCCCGCGCCGCGACACCCGCCGCCCCCCGGCUCCUCCGCGCCGCGCUGCUGCUCCUGCUCCUGGUGGCCGCCGGCCAGCGCGCGGCAGGGGCGCCCGUGGUCGCGGAACUGCGCUGCCAGUGCCUGCAGACCUUGCAGGGAAUUCACUUCAAGAACAUCCAGAGCGUGACGGUGACUCCCCCGGGCCCCCACUGCGGCCAAACCGAAGUGAUAGCCACUCUCAAGACUGGUCAGGAAGUUUGUCUCAACCCUGAAGCCCCCAUGGUUAAGAAAGUCAUCGAAAAGAUGCUAAACAAGGGCAGCACCAACUGAUCUAGAGAGAUGGAGGGAGCUUAUUGGCUACUGCUGCAGCCUUAGUGGAGCUGAAGUGAAAGAAGAGAAACAAAUGGCUCCUGAGCCCACCUGGACUGUGUCUAAUGUGCCUGGCUAUUUCUCAUGGGAGUUCUGUCUAUUUACAUAUGUAUUUAUUUAUUUAUUUAUUUUUAAAAGCCUGUAUGUUACUGUUCUAAUAUUUAAAGGUAUGAAUGCAUUUGGCAAUUCUCUGUACUGUUAUUUUAAAAGGUAAUUUUUAUGUUAAAUCAAAGUUAGUUCAGUGCUGACUAUUAUUUAUUGGAAGAUGAUGUGUUUUAAAUGUUUUUCUUUCAUUAAACUAUUUUUUGGUGGGGGGAGGGGGGAAUACCACACCCUACCAUCCACUGUGAUAAAAGCUGGAGACCAUAGUGGGGGAUCCAAGCAAACAGAUCACUGUUAAGGUAGGGGAAUGUAUGUGUACAUUUACAUUUUGUACUGUUGAGAAGAUUGUCAGUUGUUAUUUAUGGAAACAGUUUCACCUUCCGUGGGCCACAUUUCUGAUGCUGAAACUUUAAAAACGACAAUGUUCUCAUAUCCCUUGGACAUUUCAUGUCUUCCUUGUAAGGCAUAAUGCCUUGUUUAGUGUUAAUUAUACAUUGUUUU